AUCAAUUUCGAAUUCUGCAUUACCAAUCAUUCUCCUUCACUUCACACUCUCACAAGGACGGCCAUUAGCGAAAUGAGGCUGAAUUAUUCCUCACAAUCUGUUGGGUGAUACUGAAAGAGGAGAUUUGUCCUCUGAAUCUGCUUGAUUCAUCGAUGCACAAUGGCGGGAGAGAAAAUCCUCGCAACAGGGCUUGUGAAGGAUGAAGAAGUGGAUUGGGAUCGUGAUCCAAGAAAUAGCCGAACUUGGUCAACUCGAAAGAAAUGGAGUGCAACGAUUGCAUCAUGCUAUAUGUCAUCUUUGAUCUCGGUUGCAGCAUCUGCAUAUUCACAAGCGGUUGAUGGAAUCCAACAAGAUUUACAUUCUUCUUACCUUUUGACUGUAAGUGGAAUCUCAUUCUUUACAUUCACUGUUGCCAUCUUUCCGAUCAUCUUGGCUCCGUUGGGAGAACGAUUUGGACGGCAACCAGUCUAUUUGAUCACAUUUGCGCUGUUCUUUCUCUUUUUCUUGCCAAACGCUUUGGCACAAAAUAUUCAAACCGUCUUGAUCUCCCGAUUUAUCUCUGGAGCAGUGGGUUCGGCAGGCUCAACGAUGGUCGGAGGAACAUUAUCCGACAUCUGGGCUCCAGAACAACGUCAAAUCCCAAUGUCAUUAUUCGCCUUGAGUGCGCUAUUGGGAACACCAAUGGGCUUGAUAGGAUUCACUUGGGCUGGCGGUUCAAUUUCUUGGAGAUGGAUUUUUUGGGUUCUUUUGAUGUUAGCCGUUCCGUCUUUCUUGGCAAUCGCUCUUUUCUUUCGACAUGAAAGUUUGACAAAAGAGAUGCGGGUACGUUUACGUCAAAAAUCCACUUCUAGCCAACAUGACUCUUUCAAAGAGCGUGUUCUAAUACCCAUGCUACGACCUCUGUUCUUUCUGGCAACGGAACCAAUCACUUUCGUGCUUAGCUUGUGGAUCGCAUUUGCUUGGGGAACAUUGUACCUCUUCUUAGAAUCGAUACCUCUCGUCUUUGAACCAUAUGGCUUCACGCAUGAACAUAUGUCACGAGGGUUGUCGUCUGUCGGAAUCGGGAUAGGUGCUUUGAUCGGGUUUGGUGUGCACAUGCUCGUCUUGCGUUAUCGUAGCACGAUCACAAGACCGGAACAACGCCUACCCGAAGCGUGUGUUGGCGCCCUACUGUUCUCAUUUGGAUUUUUCAUCUUUGCAUGGACAGCCAAACCGGACAAGAUUCAUUGGAUCGUUCCACAACUUGGAACUUCAGUGAUUAUGAUUGGUUUAUAUAUGGUUUACAUUUGCAUUUUUGAUUAUUUAGCAGAUUGUUAUGGAUCUUAUACUUCUUCUGCAACUGCCGCUCAAAGUUUUCUGCGGAAUAUUUUAGCAACCGCAUUUGCUCUGAUUGCUAAAAGAAUGUACGAUACUCUUUCUUUUCCUUGGGCUUCUUCUCUUUUGGGAUUUUGUGCUUUGAUUCUUGCUUUUGCACCUUUUUUGCUUUUAUGGAAAGGAAGAUUUUUGCGGGAACGAUCUCCUUUUGCAUCCAAUCAACGUGGAUCUAUAUAGAAAUGUACAGAAUGCAAACUAUAAAAGAAUAUUUAUG